UAUUUUUGACAACAGUAAAUAUUUGUGAUAGGUUAUGUGAAGUGGCAAAUUGCCAUUGAUUGUGAUUUGUGAUAGAUAGUUAUGGAAUACUGUAGAGUGAAGUUCCGAGUAAUUCGCACAAAUAAAACAAAUGUUUACAAUAUCGGUAUCUAUUAGAAUGACCAAUAGGUGAUAUUUUGUAAUACGUAAAAAGAAGUCUAAAAAUUGUUUUUAUAAUGGCUCUCCCUUACAGUAGUGAAGCAAUAUUGGAUUGGACUGUCCAAGACACUAAAUUUUAUUUGAAAAAGGAAGGUGUUUCCGAUUCCGCAUUACAUGCGUUAUGUGAUGUAAAUUUGGUGGAUGGGAAGUGCUUAUUAGUUUUAAAUGAAACUGACUUUCAAACUGAACCUAUAAGUAAAUUAACUCUAAAAGAUAGGAAGUGCCUUUAUGUCUUUUGCAAAUUAAUACAACGAGAGAAUCAACACACUCUCGUGGAACUUGGUGUUUCUGAACAACCCUUAUACAGCCAACACAAAUAUAGCAAAGUAGAUAGUGAUUAUGGUGGUGACUCAGAAAGAAUCUCACCAGACGUAUCGGAAGAUGGCAGACCAUUAUAUCCACCAGAGAAGAGUAAAGCUCUAUUAGCUCUCAUGUAUGUUGUUGCAGUAACCUGGAUAACUGCUUUUGUUAUGGUUAUAGUUCAUGAUAGGGUACCUGAUAUGCAACGAUAUCCACCUCUUCCUGAUAUAUUUUUAGAUAAUGUUCCAUUAAUACCAUGGGCCUUCGAUAUGUGUGAAGUUACUGGAACAAUUUUAUUUACCAUGUGGCUAAUUUUACUACUUUUUCAUAAACAUAGGUUUAUUUUAAUGCGAAGAUUUUUUGCCCUUUCUGGAACAGUUUUCCUUCUGCGUUGUGUAACAAUGCUUAUAACAUCCUUAAGUGUACCAGGAGCCCACCUACAAUGUCAUCCGAGAUUUUACACAACCAAGGGACAUUCUCUCUUCGCUGAUUUAGCCAGGAGGUUAUCUCAGGCAUUUAUCAUUUGGAGAGGAGCUGGGUUGUCCAUCAGAGGUGUUAAAACAUGUGGAGACUAUAUGUUUAGUGGACAUACUGUUGCAUUGACUAUGCUUAAUUUCUUCAUUACUGAAUAUACUCCAAGACAUAUUUACUAUCUGCACACACUUUCAUGGAUGUUAAAUAUGUUCGGCAUCUUUUUUAUAUUGGCUGCCCAUGAGCAUUACUCCAUAGACGUGUUCGUAGCUUUCUACAUCACGAGCAGACUAUUUUUGUACUACCAUACUUUGUCUAACAAUCAAGCAUUAAUGCAAAGGGACUCUACGCGUACAAAAGUUUGGUUUCCUCUAUUUUCAUAUUUUGAAUCCCAUGUAGACGGUAUAGUUCCAAAUGAAUACGAAACUCCCAAUGAAAUUGCUGCUAAUCUUAUUGAAUUUGUGAAAGACCUUUAUCUAGACUUUGUUCGAAAAGUUGUAAAAAUUGUACGGCCUUCAAGGUCACAUGUAGAUAGGGCAUCUUUUGAUAGUAAUAGAAAUAAAAGAGAGGCAAAUUUAAAAAUUAAUCCAGAUCAUUUGACAUCUAACUUAAAUAAAGAUGCUUCCACAUCAAGUGAUAUUAAGCAUAGGAAAAACCAUCCUAAAGAAACAAACAGCUCAAUUUCAGAAAAUGUUAAAGGUGAAAUAAGCAACAUUUGUUUGCCAAAUAAUAGUAAAGAUAAAUAAUGGUGAUUAGUUUAUAUUUGUUUUUAACAUUCACUAGGAAUGGUUUUGUUAAACAUUUCUUUAUGGAGAGAACUGCUACUGAAAAUUUGUCUGAAAUUCAUAGACAACACUAUCCCAAUGACUAUAUUAUUUUUGUCAAAUUUUGUGACACUUUCCACUCAUGUAAAAAUCAUGGGGACUGAUUGUUCAGACUUAGAGCGUAAUAUCAUAAGUUAGUAAUUUAGAAUCUCAGUUUUAAUAAGGUUUUCUACAACAACUUUGUAAGUGUUAUACAAUCAUAAAUAUUAUAUAUAUUUUUCUUAUUGUUUAUACAAUACAACAAACGAGGAAAUUAUGCUAGUAGGAAAUGUACUAUUUACAAACUAGUUCAUUAUAAGUUGUUGCAGAAUAGAAUUCUGUAAAACCUUAUACAAACUGGAAUAUUGUUGAAGUACUGUGUAGAUUUUUAAUUGGAACAUUAUAUAAAAAAUAAUACUAUGUCUCUGAAUAAAAAAAAAUCCUACUUUUUCUUUUAUAUAUUAUCAUCAUGUUUUAACAUCCCCAUGUUUUUGAGCUUUAUUGUUUAUUUUAAAUAAAAUGUAUUAUUUUUAUCUGCACAUGUUUCUACAAUACCUUUAUUCAGGGAAUAUUUCAGAAAUGGUAAAAAGUAUUCAGUAAUAAUAAUAAUAAUAAUUUAUAUUACAUAAACGCCCUGUAUACAUCCUUUUUAUUAAUAUUCAUAAAGAAGUUAAACAAUUAUAUUUAUUUCACUUUCGUUUUUUAUUGCCAAUUAAUAAUCUUUUAAUUUUUAUAAGUGUUUCUAAAAAACAUUAAAAUAUCACCAAAGUUUAAUUAUUUUUGAAAUGUUGCAAAUAAAUGGAAACAUUUUCCUGUUUCUAUUAUUUGUAUUAAAUCUCGUGUACUUGUUUUUUUUACAUACUAUUUCGGAGAUGCCCCCUAUAUAAAAGUUAGGCAAUGUAUAAAUUAUAAUUGCAAGUUGAGUUUUAACACUUGGUUACGCUCAGAGUAAAAUAUUUUUAUAUUGUACAAAUUUUAUAAGUUUUAAACAUAAAAAAAUACGUAAGUUCAUUAUAUGACAUUUUUUCAUAAUUAUAAAUAAGAAAUGGUUUGAAUUAUUGAACAAAAGUGUAUUUUAAAAUGGACUAACAUUACAUUUAUACUGUUUUAAGCCUUAUGUUUUCUUAUAUCAUUUUCUGUUGAAUUUGUGAACAAUAUUUUUUCACAACAUAGUUUUAAAUAUAAAAAAUAAAUUUAACGAAAAUUAAAUAAGAAAUUGGCUUAAAACAGAUUUUGUGUGCAGAAUAAUACUGG